UAAUACGCCACUGAAACAAUAUAUUUAUUUAUUCAAAAAUGUACUAAGUUUGUGUAAAUGUAUUAUUUUUCUAUAUUUUCAAUACACAUAAACCGUAAAACCUAACGUCUUUUCGAAUUGCAUUUAUUGUUUUUUUCUACUUGAGAAGUGCCUAUACCUACUAUACUGCCUCCCAAUGCCUAAAAUAACAGAACAUUCCUGAAUAUUUGUAUAUUGAAAUACACCUAGCGCCGCCUGGCUAACAAUGUUGGAGGCUCUAAAAUCUUUUUUGGUAGGAUACAGACAGAAUCAAUACAAUACAGUAUACUUACUUAUUGAUUUUAAAGAAAGAGCAUUUAAGUUUUUUUAUAUUUCCUUUGGUUGGCGAAUAAGGCGUGCGUAGAAAAUUACAAGAUCAGAUUUUAAAUAAUUAUAUAGUUAGCAUAUUAUAUUGCUAAUAAUGGUUAGGUAGGUAUGUACUACUAAACCUGCCAUUAUUGUAUUUCUAAUAAUUAUUAUUAUCGAAUGUUAUUUUUCAGUGCGAUUUAAUGAAUAUAGGUAGGCAAACCUAUUUCAUAAUUUUAUUGUCUGUAGUUUUCCCCUGGUUUUAACAAUAAUUAUUAUUGGGAGUUACACUAUAUGUAUAUACUGAACCAAACUUGGUACUAUUGAUUCCUUCGCCAUAUGUCAAUAUAUAGUUUUUAUUCUGGGUAUGAUUCUGAGUUCUUGGGGUAGCCGUCUGGUAUAUAAUCUGAUGAAAUUGAUUUUCACAGAAAUAUAUCUAAAUAUAGAUUUUUCUCUUUCUCAAUGAUGUUUAAGGCUGCUCAUCAGGAACUUGCUGUAACGAUAAAUAUAAUCAAUACUGUGUUCGGUUUGCAAUAUUGUCACAUGCCUCGCUGCUAAUACCUAUAGGACCUCAAGUUAUGGGAUGCUCUUCAGGAAAGCACACAAUUACAAAAAGGAGCUUAGCGUAUAUUGUCUACUAGUGGGUACCUACAUCACCAAAAGGGCACCACGUAGGUACGCCACAUAAUUCUCACUUUCCAUUAGUGAAAAAUAUAACUACUAUUUUGAAUCGAAUAAUACAAUAAUACAAUGUCACGUUGUAAUAGCACCUCACAACUCUGAUUAUAGAAAAAAGUAUGGUAACAUUAUACAAUAAAUAAUCAAUGCAACCAGGAUUCCUGCUUCAAGAUUCCUGAUAGAAUGACGAACUCGCAUUGAACCUGCGAUAGCCUUGAACAUGAAAACUACUUGUGAUUCACAUAAAUAUACCCAAACCUCAAUAAAUGUUGAUCAACAUUGGAUUUUCCCGGUUUGCUUGAUAAUAAAAUGAAUCACAGAUCCAGUGCUGCUUGAAAGUGAGUCAAUAGUAGAGUUCAAUAGUAAUCAUGUCUAACCAGCAACAUUGGCCGAAUGAGUCACCAGUAUUUUCUACAGAACAACUCAAAGUUCUUUCAAAUACCCAUUCAAAACCAAAUUCUGAAGUUAAUCUUGACACUAUUAUCAGAAAUAGUGCGUCUUUUCCAAUAGAUUUUCCAGUGGAUAGUGUUAAAUGCGAAUUUCUUCAAGCUAAAGGUGUAAAUGGUAGCUCUCUGGAACAUAAUGCUAACUCAGUCUAUCCAAUUCUCCACGAAUCGGCAUUACCAUUGUUUCUUCAGUUUUUGUACCAUAAAAAACGAUUUGGGUCAAAUGUUGAAAAAGCCCUCUACAAAAAUUUCACAGUAGAGCAACUUGUUGACAGACUCUUAUCGAAAAGAGCAGUGGUAUUUUGUGGCAGAUCCGAUAUGUUUAUGUUGCUUGAUGGAUUUUCUAAUUGUGGAAACUGGGAAGUUAUUGGUACAAAUGAAGAAAAACCACCACGAAUAUUAGAAAAUUGUUUGUCUUAUGAUGAAAUAAAACUCUCAGCACUUCUUUCCGUUUCAUCUUAUACAUAUUUUAUCAACGAUGGGUCAAGGGAUAAUUGUGGAAAAUAUUCAGGCGACAGGGAACAGCUGGAAGAUUUCGGAAUUAUUAUUGGACUUAUUGGGGUCAGAUUUGAAAAACCCGGAGUAAUGGAAUAUCAAGAUAUUGUAGUAUCAAAAGAACAAAAUAUUCAAGGCAAAGGAUAUGGAACUACUUUUGUACCAACUUUGCAAGGAUCGUUUAUGAACUUCUAUGGAGAGCCCAGUUUCACGUACGACGAACUGAAAAAUCAAUUCAGCGACAAUAUGAAAUACACUCAGUUAAGAGAUGGGAAAUAUUUCAACAAUCAUGUUUAUGAAAAAAGGUUGAGUUUAUCUAUAGAUACGUUGCUAAUAGAAGCAAGCGAAAGAGCUAAAAAAUUGGACAAAAUGGCUUUUGUUCUAGUAGUCGGAAUUGGUUUGGGUGUUUGGAAAAUUUCAAGGCAUCAAAAUGAGGUUUUUAUGAAUGCGUUUUCUAGAAGAAUAAGAUUUCUUGGAAGUAACUUGAUCUAUACCAGUGACAUUUUCUUUUCCUACAUUGGCUCAACCUCAUGUGGUAAAUACAAGGAUCAAGAUAUAAUCCCGAUUGCAGAACACAAAAAUGGUGGGAUUAAAAUUCACUUCGGGAAUAGAAAUCCUCAUAUAAAACUCAAAGGCCCAAAUCAAGGCAAAUUGUUAGUGGUGUCUUAUGCUUGGGAUGGGAAUGCGCUUCCAGGAAAUGAAUUCUGGUUGGGUCAGCUAGCUGCCAGUGGAGAUCCAGCAGCUGCUUGUUCAACGCAAAUUGCUGAGCUGCACAAUCCACAUAUUAAUCCGAAAGUCUCCGGGGCUAACCUGAGAAUUGCAACUCUAGACAAUGGAGUCGAGAUGUUUUGCGAUUAUAUUAAGAGAAAACAAGAAGUUGUUUGAUUUUUGUA